UUCCAAACGACCAAUUUAUGUGUACCGUUUCGAUUAGCCGUGUGUAUGGUUCGUCCCGGCAUAGGUCACACCGACAUUUGUCCCCCGACCGACACCCCGGACCGUGUGGGUGUUGUGUGCAACAUGUGUGUCUCGGUGAUUGUUUGCGGCGAACGGAGAUUUGCUGGCGAGCUCACCUUCCCCAGAAAAGGGAAUGAUGUUGGCGAAUGAUCAUUACAUUAGUCAAUAUCAAUGGUCAAACGGUCAUAUUGGAUGCGGUGGAUGUCGACGGUGUUUCGUCCCGUUGUCGUCAUCGUCCUGUUGUUUUCUGGGAAGCAGUGACAUGAUGCAUCUGCCACGGGGAUCGUGUUCGGGUACGGUAUAAAAAGUGUUCGGCUAGCCAGUGGACAUCCUCAUUCGUCGGUGAACCGCAGCUCGUGCCGAAAGUGAAUCCUGGCUGUCUAGCGUGUGUGUGUGAUUUGGGUAACAUCUUUUGGGAUUUUGGAACUAGAAUCCUGGCCUAGCCAGGAGAUGAUCGGGCUAGUGCAUGUUGGCUAGGUGUUUGGUGUAAUAGGUUCCGGUGUACCUGCAGCUUGUCUACCACGAAACCAGUGUAACAAAGGGGACAAGCUGGCCGGAACACGCCGGUCCAAGAUGUGGCUACCGUUGGCGCUGUGUGUGCUGCUAGAGUUUGCCGAAAUCGUUAGUGCGUCGGGCGGGCUGGACGAUGCGCUCGAGGUUACGUUCAGCGAGCGGACCCGGGCCGACUGGGAAAAGGUCUGGCACCAGGAGAGCCAUUCACGGUGCCGCGAGAAACUGAUACGCCAUCUUUAUUGGGCCUGCGAGAAGGAUAUCUAUCGGAUUUCGAAGCGUGGCGGCCGCGGGGAUGACAGCAUGGUCGGGCUGGGCACGGAAAAGCGUCCGCAGUCGGCGGGACAAAAUCUGCUCGAGGAUACGGCCAUCCAGUUCCCGUGGGCGAUUGAUCGUGAAGUGGCCUACGCGUUUCUGCGAACCCGACGCAACGGGAAGCGACGAUCGGGCGGCUCGAUUACGGCCGAGUGUUGCACACGUACUGGGUGUACCUGGGAGGAGUACGCCGAGUACUGUCCAUCGAACAAGCGAUUGAAUCAGUACCGGCGAAGGAAGUAAGGCGUGCGUUGCAACAUGGUUCCCGGGUUACGCGGAAAGUGGUCACGUGGGGGAUGGCAUGGUGGAGGUAGGACUGGGAGUAUUUUUUUUCUUCUCGGUAUUCUUGAUCAUCGGUAAAAAGACGCAGCAUAAAUGGGGUUGUGCAUUGCAGCAGCACUUUGGUUUUUGUAUGUAUAAUGUGAAAUAAAGGAAUCCGCAACUACCUAAAAAA